CGCAGUCUUCCGGUCCCUUUUCUCGCCCCUGAGGCGGGGAUGAGGCUGGCGAGCUGGAACGUCAAUGGGCUCCGGGCUGGGUUGGGACCUGCGGGGUUGAGGCCGCUCCUGGACUCCCUGGGGGCGGAUGUCGUCUGCCUGCAAGAGACCAAGGUCACCCGGGACCUGCUGGAGGAGCCAUUGGCAAUAGUGGAGGGCUAUAACUCUUAUUUCAGCUUCAGUCGCACCCGCAAUGGCUAUUCAGGUGUUGCAACGUUCUGCAAGGUCAGUGCCACCCCAGAGGCAGCUGAAGAAGGCCUGUCUGGGCUGUUUGCUAAGCACGAUGGCGCAGUUGGUUCUUAUGGAGACACAGAGGGCUUCACAACUGAGGAGCUGCAGGCAUUGGACAGUGAGGGCCGGGCCGUGAUCACCCGUCAUCGUAUUCGCACUUCAGAACAGCAGGAGACCACGCUGACAGUCAUCAAUGUGUACUGCCCUCGUGCAGACCCUGAAAAGCCAGAGCGUGGGGACUUCAAGCUGCGUUUCUAUCAACUCUUGCAAGCUCGUGCCGAGGCACUUCUCAGAGCUGGGGGCCAUGUGGUCAUCCUGGGGGACGUCAACACAGCACACAAGCCUAUUGACCACUGUGACCCAGGAGAUCUGGAAUCCUUUCAGGAGCAUCCCGGGCGUCGCUGGCUGGACAGUUUCCUGUGGGAGCCAGACAAGGAUUCCCAGGAUGGGAAAUGCUUUGUCGACACGUUCCGUUUUCUGCACCCUGGUCGGAGUGACGCCUACACCUGCUGGUGCAACGUAACCGGUUCCCGGCAGCUCAACUACGGCACCCGCAUUGACUAUAUCCUGGCUGAUCGUGCACUAGCAUUGUCAGAGCUGCAGGAUGCCCAGCUCAUGCCAGACGUCUUUGGCUCCGACCACUGCCCUGUGCGGGUGGUGCUUAGGAGCGUCUGCCUGGGGGCGCCCCGCUGCCCACCUCUCUGCACCCGCUUCCUGCCUGAGUUUGCUGGCACCCAGCAGAAGCUCAACCGCUUCCUCGUGAAAGUGGAGCGGACCGGCCUGCCAGAGGAGAGGGGGCAAAAACGGGGCGGGAGGGAACCAAGUGUUGCGGGGGGUUCCAAGAAGAGACGGGUGGGUCCACCGCAGAAGGGGCAAGGGGAUUUGCGAAGCUUCUUCAAAGCUGGAAACGGCAGGCCUAGGGCCACCGCCAACAGUGCCGACUACCAGACGGUAAUGAAAACAAGGACAGCAGAAGAUUCUGGGGUGGAACCUCCUCUUGACGCUUCUGGAAGGAUCGCUGAUGAGCGUGGGGCGGAGGAAGUUGCUGGUGGGACCCAGACAUGCACUGGGAGUUUGAGAGAGGAGCCCACUCUGGGCAAGGCCAAUGGAGAAGCUCUGGAUUGUGGGAAAGGCUCGGUUCCCUCUAGUUCAAACCAGUCCGCUGCCCUGUGGAAGUCACUGCUGCCAGGCCCUGCUCGCCCACCUCACUGCAAGACCCAUGGAGAGCCCUGUGUCCUGCGGACAGUGAAGAAGCAGGGACCAAACUCUGGGCGGCGCUUUUACGUUUGCUCCCGGCCUCUGGGGAAGCCCUCAGAUCCCCGCUCCCGCUGUGACUUCUUUCUGUGGGCCAGUCGGGGGAAUCCUUGAAUUGAGAGGAGAACUGAAAUGAGAGGACGUUAGAGGCGCAGUGACCCCUAAGCGGAAAAGAAGGGGUUGGUUUCUAAUGGAAAGUAUCCUGGAUGUCUCGCUGCCUAAGAAGAGAGGGGAAGGCAGCUUCUGUGGCAGAGUGAGGCCUAGGCUUAUUGCCAGGGGGUCAAAGAGGUCAGGCCCAAAGUUUCCAUGGGAUCUUUUUGGGCUGUGCCAGUAGAAACUUACUUUUGUACCGGAGCAUGUUGGUAGUUUUGAGGUCUUUGAUGCCAGACCCUGCAGACAGGAACAUUGUUUAAAGAGGAAGAAUUAAUUGGUUUUAUUAUUAAAUCGACAGUU